GUAUAGUACUUUCACUCUUGACCAGUAACUUCGUCGGAAACCACGAACAGGAAUGUCGUUCACGCCCAUCUUUCGUAGACAUAUUUUACGAAACCUCACGAAAGCUCAUGGAAUCCAUGCUUCUGCUUCUCUUCGAGGUCAAUUCCAUGGUUUGCCAUCUCGGCUCUCAACAGCCCAUACGCGCACGUACGCUUCGAAAUCCAAGGUCAAAUCCACCGCCAGCCUAGUUCCAGGCUCUAAGCAAGCAAUCACUUCUGAAGCAGCGCGGGCCGAGUAUGAAAAAGCCGAAGCAAAAAUGACUACAGCUGUGGAAUGGUACCGGAAGGAAGUCGCCACUCUCGAGACACGAGCCAACGGUCGUGUUACGCCUGCAUUACUCUCGCCGGUCAGAGUUGAACUCCCAGGCAAAGAAAAGAAUGAGGCAGUAAAGUUAGAGCAGGUGGCAACUGUCGGUGUGAGAGACGGUUCAACGUUAAUAGUCACUGUAUUUGAAGAACAUACCCUGAAGGCUGUCGAGCAAGCUCUAUACAGUGCUAAACUACCCAACAUUGUUCCUCAAAGACAGGAUACCCGGACAAUCAAAAUACCUAUACCAAAACCAACGGUUGACGCUCGUAAGGCGCUCACUACUAGUGCUCAACGUCUGGCCGAGGACAGUCGCGUACAGAUCCGCAAGCUUCAACAAGCGAGCGUCAAGAAAGGCAAAUAUGAGAAACAUUCGGUGGAACUUGAUGAGUUUCAGAAACUCGCAGACCGCAACAUUUCAGAGAUAGACAAGAUAUUCUCUCAGAUGAAGAAGGCGACUGGUUCCCGGUGAUUUUAUGCCAGACAUCGAAUCUUGAAUCCUAACUUCGAGGAAACCAAUUCGGACGUACUUAUUUCCGGCCGCUUUCUGGUCGGAGAAUGGCUUGUAUUUCCUCCAAUAUGAUAUGACCUCACUUG